AAAGUCCGGUCUUGAUCGAACAAGAGCUUUGGCAAGACCUUCCCAAUCUCGAGUUCCUCGGAGGUUCUGCACAAUGGAUGGUCAUUGUCGACAGCCCACCUUUUGACCAUCCACUUGUUCAGCUGGCCCUUGACGACUUUGUAUCUUCGGACAACAUUAGACUUUAUUCUCCAGCUGAAGAAAUGAUCAAGAAAGUUCCAAACCUGCGACGAUUCGGUAUGGCAGUGCCCCAUCCAAACUCUGAAGACAAGGACGGCAGAGUAGAGUUGGAUGGUUCAUACACGCUCGGACCACGGCACACUCAAUUGACCACCUAG